UUUUUUUUUCUUUUUUUUUUUUUGCUCAAGUUUUUAGCCAUGGACUCUGUGUGAGGACUUUAGGUUCCGAGCAUUUGAAAUGUGUUUUUCUCAUCUUCAAUAUGUAGCUAUGGAAGUAUAGGCUGUCAGAUGUAAAAUAUAUGUACCAGCUUAGAUGAUUGGUAGUUGAUGCUCACCAGAAAUAUUGUGUAUUUCGAAACUAUAGUUUCUGGGCCUAAACUGAUAUAUUGUUUCUUGUUUGGUUAUCCGGUUUUUUGUAUGCAGUCUAACAGGCACACGAUUGUUCUCAUGCAAGCGUCUCACAGCAGGGCAAGUCGUACUUUCAUGGACUACGAUUCUAUCAGUCAAGCAAUGGAUGGAAUUUGCGGUCUAUAUGAACGUAAACUCAAGGAGCUAAAUCCAUCCUCAAGAAACAUCACAUACGAUAUCUCGGAUCUUUAUAAUUUCAUUGACGGGCUUGCUGACUUAAGUGCAUUAGUCUAUGAUCACUCGAUCCAAGCUUACCUACCGUACGAUAGACAGUGGAUCAAACAGAGAACAUUACAGCACUUGAGGAAGUUGGCUCAUUAGGUCCUACCAUUGCAGAUCUUCUCUAAUUGCAGUCUAAAACUUUUGAAUCACAUAUUUCCUUGUAAUGGAAACACUUAUUAGUAUUGGCAUUUGACCUUGUCUAGUAUCAUUAUAUUGCUACCAAAAUUGUAAUCGAUAUGAGCAAAUGCUGAAAGUUGCUCUGAGUUGGGAAUUGUGAAGUAGAUGGUA